AAAAAGGGCAAAAAAAAAAAGAAAAAAGAAGAAGAAUAGAAUAAGGUAGAGGAGGAGAGAAUCGUGGCAAAUGUAUAAUCUAUUAUCGGCAUCACCGAGAGCUAUCGCUAUAGCCCGCAUAGCGUACGGUUGCGUAUAUACUACGCCCUCUACAACAACCCACCUCUUAACCUCCACCCCUACUCGCUCUUUCUCUCACCUUCACCGUCUCCGCCGCACAGUCUCACUCCUCCGACCACCCACUCUCUCCUCCUGUCCUAAUUUCCUCACGGGUAACUCUCACUUCUGCGGAAUGGCGGUAAUUGCUCCUCUCUUUUCCUAUCUCAGCUUAAUGUGGCUCUUGUCUGGGCAUGGAGUUCGUGAUAGCAAGGCAAUGGUGGAGGGUUUGCAAGGUUAUGGAGUGAUUAGUUCCAAGAAGGUUGCUGAAGUGAUGGGGACUAUUGAUAGGGCUUUGUUUGUGCCUGAUGGGACCCCAGCGUAUGCUGACUCCCCCAUGUCGAUUGGUUAUAAUGCCACCAUUUCUGCACCUCAUAUGCAUGCAACAUGCCUGCAAUUGUUGGAAAAGAAUUUGCAGCCUGGUAUGCAUGCUUUGGAUGUUGGAUCAGGGUCGGGAUAUUUGACUGCAUGUUUUGCACUGAUGGUUGGGCCAAAAGGUCGAGCAGUGGGUGUAGAACACAUUCCGGAGUUGGUCUCUUCCUCAAUUGAGAAUAUUCAAAAAAGUGCAGUAGCACCAUUACUGAAAGAAGGUUCCCUCUCAGUGCAUGUCAGUGAUGGAAGGCUAGGUUGGCCUGAAUUUGCACCUUAUGAUGCUAUUCAUGUUGGGGCAGCUGCUCCAGAAAUACCACAACCACUUAUUGACCAAUUGAAGCCUGGAGGAAGAAUGGUGAUUCCUGUGGGAAACCUAUACCAGGAUUUAAAGGUUGUGGACAAGAACAUGGAUGGUUCUGUAAGUGUCAGGACUGAAACUUCAGUUCGUUAUGUUCCACUGACAAGUCGAGAAGCUCAGUUGCGAGGCUAUUGAGGCUGCUGAUAUGUUUCAGUUGAAAAUCAUGUCCCUGGUCUAUUAGAUUGUCCGGGUCUGCUUCUACCUUUACUAGGACUCCUGGAUUCUGUAUAGAUGUUACUCUUGCUUUCCCUUCACAGUAAUGGUUUGUUGAAUAUAGUUCUGCUUUUGUCACUGUAAAUUAUUCUUGUUGGUUAAUAAACAAGGUUUAGCUCCA